AUGCGCGUCGCUAUUGCUGGUUCCGGCGGCGUAGCCCGCUACCUCGUCGAAGAACUCACGGCCGAUGGAAAUGAAGUUGUCGUUCUUACUCGAUCCAAAAAGUUUUUUUUCGAUGUCGUCUCCGGCGUCGAGCAGUUUAUCGCUGAUUACUCGAAUGUGGAAAGCCUUAUGAAAGGCAUGGAGGGCGCUACCACCGUUAUAGUCGCCAUCCUCGACCAUUCUUCUGCCUUUGUCGACAUCUCUUCACGCAUUAUCGAAGCCGCUAAACGGUCUCCAACCGUUACUCGACUAAUUCCUUCAGAGUACAGUGGCAACAUCGAGGAUUUCCCCGACAUGCCCCGGUUCGAGGCCAUUAUUCACGAGCCAAUUCGCAAGAUAUUGCGUGCACAGACCGAGCUCGAGUACACGCUCCUCGCUAACGGAUGGUUUGUCGACUACCUCAUUCCCACCCAUAACCGACACCUAAACGAUAUCGGCGACGCGAACCCCGUUAAUUUCGCCAAGAGAACCAUCCAGAUUCCUGGCACUGGUAAGGAGGGCGUCGAUCUUACCGCUGUUAGGGACAUGGCCCGCGCCGUGGCUAAGCUCCUUCGAGCUCCGAGCGGGGAGUGGGAUGAGAUUACUAACAUCUCUGGCGAGAAAUCCACCUGGAAUGAGGUUGCCGCCUUGAUAAAGGAGAAGAAUCCAGAUAUGAUCGUCUCCUACCGCACCCUGAACAACUUCAUUGACGACCUGCACGCCAGUAAGACCGACUGGGAUCGACUUCUCGCUGGAUUUGGGAUCCAUUCGGCUUCCGGGGCUGGUUCGCUGCCCGCCCAUAGGGUCGCAGCUCAACGGGCGAAGUUCUUCGCAGGGGUCAAGUUCCGAACGGCAAGGGACGUGGUAGAGGAGGCGGAGUGCAACCCAGAUACUAUCAUUUAA